UUUUUUUCUGUACUAAUCGUUUGGUGUGUUCCGAAAUGAGUUUCAGUAACUGACAGUCACCUAACCUAACAGGCAGUACUGCACUGGAGUUCCAUAAAGCUGCAGUGCAUUAAUGGUGGUGUUGUGAGUUGCUGAAAUUGAUUUCGGAACACAUCCAAUCUCGCAAGCCACUGGCGUUGCCCUAAUUAUUUUUUACAAUUUUGGGCAGCACUAAUGACCACCAAACAUUUUAACUAAGUUAUUCGUAACCACCAAACGAUUUCGCAUCGAUUUACCCCCUUAUUAAACAAAAUCGGUUAAUAAAUAAGUCUAGCUAACUUCUCGCUAAAAUUUGUUUUUAAUAUUCCAGAAAAAGUAUUUGACUACCAAACUUUUUAAUUAGACUACCAAUCACCACCAAACGGUAAAAUUGGUUUCAAGAAAAUCGGCCCACUGGGCAUUGGCCAUUUUUCUACUCAUCUCUGGUUCGACUGGCAAGAGAUUCUAAUACAUGUACAUGUUUAUCCUACAUAGGAGAUUAUUGCUAUCGUCAUGUAUAGAUAAUAUGUUUUAUACGUUUUAAUCUCGAAGACUCGUCCUCACUUUUCAUACCGAUACAUUUUUCCACUAUCACUCUCUAUUUUAAUACAGGGUCUUACCCGUAUUGAAAUUUACGGGCUCAAGAUACUGACUACUCAAUGUGUUAUCUAUGGAACAAAUUUUCUAUGCCACGAUGGCAAAGCUGUAGUUAGUUUACUCAAAACUUUGUACAUGAGAAACCUCCUAAAAUAACAGAUUUUUUUGUCAAAUAAAUCAUAAUUUAAUAUGCCAUAUACUGAAGAAUACAUCAGGAACAAGUUAAUCAAAGAACUGGAGCCUUUGCACUUGCUUAUCAGGAUAUCUCAUUGAAAUGUUCAAGAGUUAGAAUUUCAGUGAUGACUAGUGAAUACAAAAUUAAACGGAUAAUAUCCCGAAGUCGUUAUUGUGCAAACAUGACUGCAACAAUAAGGAUCCUUGUUAUUAUGGGUAUAGUGCUUCUCUUGAGAUGUUGUGUGACCUAUCAUCCUUACAGCGGUCAAGGGAAACCUCCUAUGUUUGGAGAUUACGAGGCCCAACGUCAUUGGCAAGAAAUUACAUUAAAUCUUCCCAUCAAAUGGUGGUAUACUAAUACCACAGACAAUGAUCUACAAUAUUGGGGUCUGGACUAUCCUCCAUUAACAGCGUAUCAUAGUUUGCUAUUAGGUUACAUUGCCAAUGUUACAAAUUCUGAUUUUGUACAGUUAAGGACAUCUCGUGGCUAUGAAUCUGAAAGUCAUAAAUAUUUUAUGAGACUAUCUGUACUUUGGGCAGAAUCAAUAACAUAUCUACCAGCUAUGCUGUGGUUUAUUUCUGGUCUAAAAAUACAAGAAUUAAAAGCGAUACAGUUGGAUGAAAAAAAUUUGUUUGAUUUUAGAAAACAUGAUUUUCAUCUAGCAACGAUUCUUAUAUAUCCUGGUUUAAUAUUGAUAGACCAUGGUCAUUUUCAAUAUAAUUGUGCAUCUCUUGGAUUCUUUGUUGCUGCAGUUACAGCUCUGUUGCGUAAUCGUCUUAUUUUUGGAUCAUUUUUAUUUGUACUCGCGUUAAAUUACAAGCAAAUGGAAUUAUAUCAUGCUCUUCCAAUUUUCUUCUAUAUACUUGGCAAUAACGUGCCAGGUAGAAAUAAGACACUAAAGUCUUGUAUUAUCACUUUGUUUUGUGUUUCAUUAACAGUACUGUUAACAUUUGCGAUCAUCUGGGUACCAUUCUUUCAGGAUAGAGAAACGUUUUUAAAUGUAAUAUUUCGACUGUUUCCAAUUGCUAGAGGGGUUUUUGAGGAUAAAGUGGCAAAUGUGUGGUGCGCAAUAAAUGUGAUUUACAAAUUGCGCAAUGCAUUAAAUAAUGCACAAUUAGCACAAAUUUGUGGAGCAGCAACAUUGUUAGCAGUUCUGCCAUCUUCCAUGAAUCUUUUCUUUAGACCAUUAAGGAACAAAUUUAUAAUAUCCCUUGUUAAUUCAUCAUUGGGUUUCUUUUUAUUUUCCUUUCAAGUUCAUGAAAAGUCUAUUCUCCUUGUAGCUAUACCAAUCCUUUUAAACUUUCAUAAUGAUCCACUGCCAUGUUUCUGGUUUCUGUUAAUAUCUACCUUCAGUAUGCUUCCUCUUCUCAUAAAUGAUGGCUUAUAUAUUGCUUAUAUAGCAAUUACUCUAUUAUAUGCAAUUUCCACAACAUGGGUAUUCCCAAACUUAUGUAGGAUUACAACUUCUGUAGAACUAAAGGACGAAUGUGAUAAAAAAUUAAGUGUAAUAUAUGUGUGUAAAAAUUAUAGACAAUUUGCUGUAGUAGGAUUAUUUCGUCUAUCGAUGCUAGGCACAGUAGUUUUAUCAAUGCUAUGUGUUUUGGUAAAACCCCCUAAACGAUACCCUGAUCUGUUUCCACUUUUAAUAUCAGUUUACUCAUGUGGCCAUUUCAUAAUAUUCUUUCUUUAUUUUAAUUAUAAACAAUUUUGUAUAGGGAAACAAUAUCCAAUGGAAAAAAUUAAAUCAAACUAAUUUUGUAUCUUGUGUGCUGUGUGAUUUUUGUAUGAGAUGCUUUGUGGCUCCUUUUCAUGAAUAAAAGAUAUUUCUUUCACA